CUCUCGUUUCUCAGAGAAUUCUCACGUCUCGCUUUCUGUUUCUCUCUCUUUUCUUCUCUCACUAGCUAUCUGUCUCCAUUAUAGACAUUCCAGAGUCUGUUCAAUUUCAUUUUUGUUAAGAUCGUCUUCGCCGUUCUACCCAGCACGUGUCAAUAUAGCUGUGGUUGACCUUAUAAUGACACUUCCCGAGUUCGGAGUCCCGGCCGUCAUGCCGAGCUUUCGCAGGGUUGCACCUGAACUGGUGACGCUGGAUUUCGAAGACGUGAUUUAUGUUGCAGCUGGGAAGGAUGUGAAAGAGGGCAAAGCGAAGCUUGUUUGGACAGUGCAUCAAUCCAGAGGCAACGUCAAGAUCUGUAUCAUUCAUGUUCUAGUUCCUUCGAAGACGAUCCCCAUGGGCGGCCUGGGUGCCGAGAUCCCCGCGAACUCGGCGAACGAGAUCUUGUUGAGGGAACACAGAGAAAACGAGAGGAUAAACAUGCAUAAGAUCUUGGAUACCUACCUGCAUGUUUGUGAAGAAAUGGGGGUACCAGCAGAGAAAAAGUACAUAGAAUCGGACAGCGUUCAUGAGGGAAUUGUGGAGCUCAUACGUUUACAUAGGAUCGGAAAGCUUGUAAUGGGUGCAGUAGCAGACGGAUGCUGUUUCAAGAAGAUGACAGAAAUCAAGUCCAGAAAAGCCAUCUUCAUUCGCGAUAAAGCACAUGUCUCUUGUCAAAUUCGGUUUAUCUACAACGGGCACCUCAUUCACACAAGGGAAGAUCAAACAGCUGAAGCCAUUGUAGAAGUUCCUACUAAUGCACCAUCACCAACGACUCCAGCCCUUGGAGCUGGAAAGUCAGUUUUCUUGAAAUCACGAUCCGCCACAGUGCAGAGAAGUGGUACGGCAAAGUUGAGCAAUCCAUUUCAAGACCUUAUGAGAAGAGCGUUCUCCUUGAACGCCGAUCGACGUGCUGUGAGGCCAAUAGCUUCUCCUUCCCCAGCUAGCAUUCCUUCCGAUCAGUCUAAUGCGGAGGGCAUGCUGGAGAGGCAAGACACUCCCCAAGAACUCGCAACAAGCCUUUCCCAUCAUCUGCAGUUGAUUUGGUCGGUCUAUCAUACCGGCCAUUCAUCAUUUUCCAACACUCUGGUAUGCGCAGCUGUUUUCAUGUUCUCUAGCCAGGAGGCCAUGUCUCUAGCUUAAGUUGUCCUGUUUUGGAGCUAGGUAU